AUGGCGCAGUUUGUUGGACGUGUAGUAGGUACGAAGAUGACGCGCACGGCAAAAGUAUGCGUGAACAGACUUGCGUUGCAUCCUUUAGUAAAGAAGAUUGUGUCUUAUAUGCUAAGAAAUAGUGCUAGCAGUAGUAGCACGAGUGUUAGGAUCGUGGCUCUUGUGGAGCUUCCACUGUUUGCACACGUCAGUUGUGAUGAUGUUUGUGUUGGUAUGGAACCGGGUUGUGUUGCUCUUUGUUCUGUUUCGGCCAUUGUGCAUGUUCCACAGCAAGGCAUCCCACCUAUGAUAUUGGACAAUCUUCAGAUUUGUCGGUUGGUUGAAGAGAAGUGGAUCAGUCAUUUCUUUGUAAGACAUCAUGCUUGCCAAUGCAAACCAGGGGCGUUAACUCGGGUGUGCAGGACUGUACUUGAAUUCAAGAAGCAGCACAUGGAAGAUAGGUCUGCGGAUGAAAAAUGGCUGGCUUGUCUCAAUAGGAAACUGGCUGCUGUAGCUUCUUCUGAUGGACUUGUUGGAUUGGAUGAGUUCAGAAAUGUCUUGGCACUGAAAGAUGAUUUCAUUGCUGAGAGGUUCUUUCAGCUUUUUGACAAGAGCGAGGAUGGAUUUCUGUCUACGAAGGAGCUCAUUGAUGGUAUCAGUCUGUUGACUCAAGGAUCAAAACUGGACAAACUGCGUUUUUUGUUUGAAGUGUAUGAUGUCGAUGGAAAUGGUUACAUUGAUCCUGAGGAACUGAGGAUUGUUCUGGAGUCAUGCAUGGGAGAAUCAGCUCUCAAAUUGAGUGACGAACAGCUGGAUGAUCUAACAAAUGCAUUGUUUGGUGAUAUGGAUGCAGAUGAAAGCGGGACAAUUACAUUUGAGGAGCUGAAAGCACAGUUGGAUAGGAACCCCAGCUUGGUAGAAAACCUCACUGUCAGUGUUCCUGAGUGGCUUUCUCCUCAACCAUUCAAAGCUCGACGCAUCUUUGCUAACUUUUCUUGUGCAAGAUACAUUAAAAACAACAUGUCGACUGUCGUUACUACAGUUCUUUUCACUGUGAUCAAUAUCGGUCUCUUUACUUACAAUGCUAUAGCUUACAAACAUUCUGGACCAGCUGUCUCCAUAGCUCGCGGUUUUGGUCUUUGUCUGGAUUUUGAUACAGUUACUGUUAUUGUUUUAAUGUUGAGGAAGACGUUGACGUGGCUAAGAGGAACAAGUCUAGGUCCUUAUUUGCCAUUAGACCAGCAUAUCAAUCUACACAAAGUAGUUGCCUACGUCAUAUUGAUGUUAGCAAUUGGACACACAACAGCUCACUGUGUUAACAUAAGGCAGAUUGUCAAUGAACCGAAUGCUACACAUGCUUACUGGGAGUAUCUCUUCUCAACUCACACUGACCUCGGUUGGGUCAACGGCAGUGCAGGAGUGACAGGCGUUACCUUGCUCAUAAUUCUUAUUACUAUUGUAAUCUGCUCUCAACCAUUUGUUCGUCAAACUGGCCAUUUUGAGAUCUUCUACUGUACACAUAUGCUCUUUGUUGGCUUUUAUGUUGUUCUAAUCAUUCAUGCCGAAAUGUACUGGAAGUGGUUCAUUGUACCAGGUACCAUUUAUGCUGUGGAGAGAGUCCUACGCUCUAAGGCCGUCAACUUGGUCCGUUAUGGCAGAACUUACAUAGUGCAAGGCAACUGCUUACCAUCGAAGGUAACUCAUCUAGUGAUAUCACGUCCUGCUGGAUUUACAUUUCAACCAGGAGACUACAUAUUUCUACAGAUUCCAGCAGUAGCAAAGUACGAAUGGCACCCAUUCACGAUCAGCAGCUGUCCAGAGCAGACAGACGUCAUCUGGGUACAUGUUCGUUCAGCAGGGACGUGGACCACAAAGGUUUAUGAAUACUUUGCGAGCACACUUGAGAAAGCAAGGCAGAGGGAUAUGUUUAUAAGGGCAGCUGUGCAGAGAGUGGGCUCUGGUGUGUCCGACCACAGGAGACUGAGUAUGCGACUGAAACAGCAGUAUCAGAAACGACUAUCUAAACCUUCUACUGAUGUGGAGGCACGUUGUACGUCAGUGUGUGAAGCAUGGCAGGACAACGUCAGGUUUACUAAACAAAAGAAGCAAAGCCUGGAGUGUUACAUUGAUGGGCCGUAUGGAACACCGUCGACUCACAUCUUUCAAGCAGAACAUGCGGUAUUGGUCGCAGCGGGCAUUGGAGUUACACCUUUUGCAUCUAUUCUGCAGAGCAUAGCUAAACAUCAUGAAAACGAGAAAGUUCAGUGUCCCAACUGCAUGCACAAGUUUUGUAGACAAAAUCCACAGUCUGUGAUGAAGCUGAGGAAAGUUGACUUCUAUUGGAUAAAUCGUGAUCAGCGUGCUUUUGAAUGGUUCAUCAGUCUUCUCACACAGCUGGAAGUCGAGCAGAGUACCGACAGCAGCUAUUUCCAACAGUUUUUGGAGAUGCACAUGUACAUGACUUCGGCUCUCAAGAAGGAAGAUGUCAAGGUUAUAUGUCUGCAGGUGGCAAUCGAUCUCUUGCAUAAGAACACACACCAGGAUGUGAUAACUGGUUUGAAAACGAGAACAGAAGCUGGUCGACCAGAUUGGAAUAAGGUAUUUGCCAAAAUCAAAGCAGAGGGAAAAGGAAGGGUGACCGUUUUCUUUUGUGGCCCUGCAGCUUUGGGGAAAGUGUUGAGAUCAAAGUGUGAUGAGUACAAAUUUGGUUUUAGAAAAGAAAACUUUUAGUAGGUAAUCCAUAGGUUCGGGUAAGCAAAUCUCCACUGUAAAUGUCUUGCCUAUAGUGGUCCAUUAUAUGGUAGCUAAUGUGCUGAUCAAGUUGCUUCACUGAGUUUACUCAUGAUUCUUUUCUGUUUAUAGCGUAUGUAGUAUAUACUAGUUCAUCUGUUUAUGUUUACACAGUAGUUGUGCGUGUACGUUAUGUGCCAGUCCUAGUAUAAUUCUUGAUUGCAUGAUCUCUAUGCAAGAGUUCAGUUGUACACUAUAGAAAAUUAAUUAAGAUGUAUGUAUAGACAGACAUAUGCAUUCUACUGUA